AUGGGCGAUGUCGAGGAGCUGCGACGCAAAGUCGCAGAGGCGGAGCUCAAUCUAAGGGACCUCAAGGGACAGCUAGCCAAGGCAGAGAAGGAGGCACAGGGGGAAGCAUCACCGUCACCAUCAUCUCAACCCUGGAAAUGGCCCCUGCAACCCGAGGAUUAUGAGAGAUAUGGACGACAGCUCAUCAUACCGCAAGUAGGCGUCAAAGGUCAAUUAAGACUGAAAAAGUCCAAGAUCCUCAUCAUUGGCGCCGGGGGUCUAGGAUGCCCCGCAGCGGCCUACAUCGCCGGAGCAGGGGCCGGCACCAUCGGCCUCGUCGACGGCGACGUCGUCGAGGUCUCCAACCUCCACCGCCAAGUCGCCCACUCGACUGACAGAAUCGGCAUCUCAAAAGUCGAAAGCGCAAUCACAUACCUAAAGAGCCUCAACCCACUAGUAACAUACCGUCCACACAAAACGCACCUAACACCCACCAACGCCGAAGAAAUCGUAUCGCAGUACGACCUCGUCCUCGACUGCACCGACCACCCAACCUCCCGCUACCUCAUCUCCGACAUCUGCGUCCUCCUCCAGAAACCCCUCGUCUCCGCCUCGGCCUUCCGCACAGACGGCCAGCUCAUCAUCCUCAACUCGCCCGCCACGCCGCAGGGCACUCUGGAUGGCGCAGGAGGACCCUGCUACCGCUGCGUGUUCCCCAAGCCGCCGCCGCCCGACAGCGUCGUCAGCUGCGGCGAGGGCGGCAUUCUCGGGCCCGUGGUCGGCGUCAUGGGCGUGCUGCAGGCUCUUGAGGCGAUUAAGCUCGUUGCCUUGGGCGCGGUCGAUCCGGAUGUCACCGACAAGAGCGCGACUGCGGCUCCGCCUUCGCUUCUCAUCUUUUCGGGCGCCGCGACGUCGGGGCAGUUUAGAUCUGUCCGUAUGCGGGGCCGGAGGAAGGAUUGCUUCGCUUGCUCUGCAGCGUCGACGCUGUCUCUUGAGACUCUGCGGUCGGGAUCGCUUGACUAUGUGUCUUUCUGCGGCGUUACUGCGCCGGUUAGUGUUCUCGCUCCCGAGGAGCGUAUUUCUGCGACCGAGUACGAGCGUGUGUCCAAGGACAAGGGCGGCCGGCAUCUUUUGCUGGACGUUCGAGAGCGCGAAAACUUUGACAUUUGUAGCAUCGACGGCGCUGUCAGCGUACCAAUCGCAAAGUUCAUGAAGGAGACGCAGCCGUCAAGCGAGGGAGUUCAGCCUCAACCUGAGUGGCUGCCGUCGGAUUUCCCAGAGGAUUCGCCCAUUUACCUUGUUUGUAGGGUCGGCAACGACUCACAGCUUGCAGCGAAGCGUCUGAAAGAUCUGGCGCUGGAUAAAAAUGGCAAAAGAUUCAUUGGGGACAUUGAGGGUGGUAUGCGGGCGUGGAAGAAAGACGUGGACCCAACGUUGCCUUUUACCUGA